AUGGCCAAUGUUCGAACGUUUCCUCUGUACGAUGUUUUAAUGGCUGCGUCGACAUCAGACGAGCAGAAACUGCAACAGCUCAGCGAGUUCAAGGGCCACGUUAAGAAGGAGCUUGUUGACGAGCGAGCAGUUCCUGCGUAUUUCGAGUGCUUAUGCCAUACACUGAAUAUACACUUGAAGAAUGGAAGAACCGGCAGCCGCGUAUUCACGCUCUGCCACUCCACGCUCUGCUAUCUCAUCAAGCGAGUGGCGAUGCAGUCACCUGCGCAGUUCGAUGCGGCGACCACUCACAGCCUGCUGGUUCCGCUGCUGCAAACCGUGAACUCAGAAAAAAAGGUUUGGUCUGGGUCUAUGAAAGCUUUAGAGGCCAUAUAUCUUGCGCAGCCGUCUGUCUUAGAAGAGGCAUUGGAAAAAUUACAACUUCGGGAAAGCGACCGGGUUGCAACUCUGCUAGUCAUAGACGAACUAGUCCAGCUUCACCAGAAAAACAAUCGCAACCCUUUAGAAAUUCUGAAUAAGUUCACUGCUCUGUUCCUCAGUAUUCUGAACCAACCGAAGCAUUCCUUGUCACAAGGCUGCGAGUUGAUUCGUGACAUUUUAGCCAAGUACUACACUAUGCAAUCCAUGCAGGAUUUUGCCCGCAGGAUAAGAGCCCCCGAAUCAAGAGCCUUAUUCGACGUGAAGCCAGAACUCCCAAUAGAAGAAGUGUACGUUGAUUCCAAUCCGAAGCCACAACAGUCUAUCUUUUCCGUUGGUGCGGAGCUACAAAGCCUCUUCAAAGAUCAGGCUAAGAGUUCACCAACACAGCCAAAAAACUACUCUUCACCUGAAGCUUUACGCAAAGAUCUCGAAAACCUGGUGGCGCCUUUUGCUUCCCACAAAGAGACUGAGCAUAAUUGGAGACAGCGCCAAGAAGCGAUCAUUACAAUGCGCGGAGCCGUUGCGGGCAAUGCUGUGGACGAGUACAGUGAAGACCUCAUAGCUCUAUUCAAGGAGCUGCAACUAUCAGACUGCAUAUCAAAGGCCGUUUCUUCUUUAAGAACAAGUCUUUCAAUACAUGGCUGCAGCCUAGUCAAGGAGAUGGCAGGCCGGCUUCAAGAAAAGAUUGAUCCGCUAGCCGAGGGCUUGUUCAACUCAUUGAGAAGCGUUCUUUCUGCAACUAAAAAACUGGCAUCGCAGAACGCCUUCUUUGCUGCAUGCAGUCUACUUGCAGCCAUGCAGUUCCAUAACAGAAUUUUUCAGUCUUGUUUUAUGCUUUCAAAAGACAAAAACGUUUCACCCAGAUGUUUUGGGGCUGUAUUCCUGCGAAUAUUUUUGAUCCGCUUCCAUUCAAAGCUCGACAAUGGCCUUGUAUACAUUGACGAGUGGGUUCAUCGGAGUAUAACAGACGCACAAACAAAGGUUAGAGAAUCAAUGAGGACAACAUUCUGGUACUACUACAAGGCCUAUCCAACAAAUGCGAAGCGUCUUCUCGAUGGGCUGCUGCCACACUUCAGACGCGCUGUCGAAGCUUCGAUACCUCCAAAUCUGGAUAUAAACUAUAGCAUGGGCAACACCAAGUCGUCUGAUUCGUCAAGAAGAUCAAGCAUGGGCCCCUCAAGAACACCAAGUUAUGCGGGCCCCACUCAAUCAUCUCAUCUACAAAGACUUUCCGCCCUGCGAUCCGCCAGCGAUUAUCAGGUUCCCUCCAAUCGUGCUGCCCAAGCGAGCUUCAGCGCUCGGAAAACUAGCGGACCGGCGGGGUUGACGUCAAAGCCCGAAAGUGUCGCGUCUCAACCAUUCCAAGGUCCAAUAAACGAACUUAGCGCGCAAAUAGACCUCACGGCAGAAAUAACGCAAAACAACUCCAAUACCCUCAUAAAAAAGUACAUGCAAGACUCCCGCAGUGUUCAAGAUAAGCAAAAAAAUGCACAGAGCGAGUUAAAGGAUGUCAUACAUUAUCUUUCAUCUCAAAAUCUGUCUGAAAAUAAAAUGGGACUUCAACUGCUUCAAAACGUUAUUCUUGUCGGGGUUCCUUUGCAAAAGCAGGAGAUCAGUCCUUUACUGCGCAAAAUCAUGCUAAGGGAUCCUCAGUGCCUGGAAAGCUUAUUAAGGAUUCCCAAAUUCCUCGACUUGCUCACAGUUUCUCAAACGAUCGAAGCUUUCGCUAUAAACCGUUUGCCUUGUACAGGAUUAACCGAACGCUUGACUGUGGAGGUAUUAAUUGAAGGAGUGAAUGCGCUUCUGGCUGAUGCCUAUCCAUCCGAGAGAGAAAAUUCAUUUUACUAUGUGAAGUUCAGGCAAACACUAUUCGACUACUCUUUUGAUUUGCUAACUGAUAUUUGCAAAUAUGCGAAAGGGCUAUCAAACUCGUCAUUUGGAGCUACAGUUUCGAAGCUAUUUAAUCUGUAUGGAAAUGACCUCGAUCUACAGAAGUAUUUCGACACAUUGUUCCACCUGUUCUCACACAACCGAGUUGUAUUUUCAGAUUUACUCGGUAAAUCGCCUGUCUUCUUAAAAACAAAGAUCGGACGCGAACUGGAAAAGAGGGACCCAACUCUUCAUUUUGAUUUCCUUGCUCAACAUGUCCCGAUGUCCGAUAUUCCUUUAGAAGAUGAAAAGCUUUAUACCGAGCUAACUAUGGUUCAGCCUUCAACCGUGAACCAAAGGUCUAGUAGUGCUGAGAGUGUUCUCAUUCAUGAAAUUGAGGGACAGAACAACCAAGAGAUGCCUAACAUAGAAACAGAGCCAGCGGAUGAAAAUUUAGAAGAGGUUCAAGGGUUUACUAAGUUCGGAGGGCUUUCCAAAUUAACAGAAAUGACAAGAGUCGUUAGUCUCUACGAGAAGCAUAAUGACCAAAUCGAAGUCUCUGGAAAAUCAGCACUUGAUACUGACGGAGACCACAGGAUGAGCAGCGAAGGGUUAGAAAAUAAAAGUGAAACCCCCGAUGUCGAUCUCAGCGACAUCUUUAGCGAAGGGCGGGGAAAAAAGGUCAAUUCUGUUAAAUUUCACGAUAAUCCCUCAAUCAUUCAGCAAACAGGUACUUCUUGUUGUGGAGUCAAAAAGCUAGAGAGCUCAAACGAUCUUGAAACAAUUUCAUCGAAUAACAGCGACCUUGACACGGUGGGCACUAUAGAAGCCAAAAGUGACCACGAAAAUAGCCAAUCAGACCCUGCUGGACAGGAGUUUGAAGAGAGAGCUUGGAGUAUGCACAUAGCUGCGCGCAAUAGUCCAGAAAAGGGUGCUAUUGGAAGUGCCGCCGUCAAAACUUGCUCGAAGAAAGAGGACAUUCCCAGGCGCAAAAUCGACUUUCUUGCACUGGCAUCUAAAUGGCCUUUGUUGAAGUUCGAGCUGGAGGCCAUAAUUGCUGAUUUGGGCAUCCCGUUUCGCUCAGAAAGUAUGGCUUCGAUAAUAAACAAAAUUAAAAGCGGAUCAUUCACUUUGAAGGAUUUGAACUUAAUGAUCGGAUUUAUACUUGUGAGUGUACAGCAAGAUACGUUGGAAAACUGGUUCGCACAACCCAACGCGUUCACAGAAUUAACGGAGGUUCAAGAAACUCUAUUAGAGUCCAUCCACAAUAGUCUAAAAUUUCCAGAGGCGCUUGCUGUGCGGUGUCUCCUUCUCUGUUCGUGUUUGGUACUAAUGGAGCUCGAGAGCUGGGAGGAAACUGGCGACCAAAACCAGGGUAUGACUGAUAUUGCAUGGGCCUCCAUACUCAGUAUUGUUGACCGCGCCGAAGCCUUUACCAGUGAGAGCUUUCUAUUGUGUGAAGACUUGAGAAAUAUCCUGCUCUUCAGGCAGCACAUGGAGCGUGCCCAAGUCAAAGAGCUUAUCGCGAGACUCAGCCUGAGCGAAAACAUGAGCACGGUUAAGAAAACAUUCUUACUUGCGUCUUCUCGCAUAGUCUUAGAGACUCAUGUUGAUCUCAUCGAUAUCGCGUUACUUGAAGAAAUAUCUAAGAAUGCGAUACCUUAUGUGUUUGACGAAAGAACAGAGCUACGAAAAGAGUCUCUUGAGUUAAUUGGGAUAUUGUGGGAUCUGAGCUCUAAGCAGAAGCAGCAUGUCCAGACUCUAGAUCAAAUACCUGAAGGACUGAUGAAACUCAUAAUGUCACUAUGA